AUUUCCGUUGCCGGCGUCUCCCGCAUUUCCUUCUGGCAGGGGCCGAGUGUCGGUUGCCGGGGUAUCCCCCGCCCCGCAUUUUUGUGGGGCCCCGUCAUGGCGGCGAAUAACUACUUUGGAUUUACCCAUGGCGGCACUCAAUACGGGGCCGCGGCGGCCGCAGCUGGCGCGGCCGCCUACCAGGCGACACCGGCGGCCGGAUACGCGGCCGUGGGCCACACGCCGGCGGCGACGUACGCGGCGCAGCGCGCCACCACAGCCUAUGAGGCGGCAGCCGCCUAUCAGCCGGCGGCGGCCACCAGCUACGCGGCGACGGCCAGCUCGGCGCCCACGUACGACUACUCGUACCCGCGCGCCCAGACGUACGAUAACGCCGCCAAGACAGCCUUCUACCCGCAGCCGACCAGCACGUCGUUCUCGGCUGGUGCCGACCCCGCCUUUCAGGCCAAGUCUUCAACGACAUACACAGCGGGUUACCAGAACGCCAGCGCGCGGCCGGCCGGCCAGGCAGCCACCAAGGCCUACAGUUACCCGGCCGCCGGCGCCGCGCAGUCUUACACCUACCCUAACCAGGCAGCUGCCGCAGCUGCAGCCACCGCCAACAAAAACUACAGCGGCUACGACGCGGCACUGUACAACGCGGCGACGCUGUACGUGCAGCAGCAGGCGCACACGGCGCCCAAGGGCGCGGCCACGUGGAAGGCGGCGCGGCCCGGCGUCGGCGGCGCCAUCGGCCAGAAGCCCAAGCUGAAGCAGCCGCCGAAGCCACAGCAGCUGCACUACUGCGACGUCUGCAAGAUCAGCUGCGCCGGACCCCAGACAUAUCGGGAGCACUUGGAGGGCCAGAAACAUAAAAAGAAGGAGUCUGCGCAGAAGCAGACGGGCGGCACGCCGAACGCGCCGCGUGGCGGCAACUCGCUGCGCUGUGAGCUCUGUGACGUCACGUGUACAGGCAGCGACGCGUACGCGGCGCACAUCCGCGGUGCCAAACACCAGAAGGUGGUGAAACUGCACACGAAGCUGGGCAAGCCGAUCCCGUCCACGGAGCCGGUGGUGGUGUCCGGCAAGACGACCACCACCACGGCCAAGACAAGCACCGCUGCCACCACGGCCGUCACCAAGACCACGGAGACGGCCAAGGUGGUGGCCACGCCCAAGAUCAACUUCAUUGGCGGCACCAAGCUGACGACCACCUCGACUGGCACGGCGGCCAAGGAGGAGAAGCCGGAGGCGGCGCGCGACGACACGCAGGCGGUGGCGGCCGCCGCCCUCGGCGAGAAGGAGGUCGAGCCUGUCGGCCAGGAGUACAUCGAGGAGAUAAAGAACGAGGAAGGCAAGGUGGUAAGCUUCAACUGCAAGCUAUGCGAGUGCCGUUUCAACGACCCGAACGCCAAGGAGAUGCACAUGAAGGGCCGGCGCCACCGGCUGCAGUACAAGAAGAAGGUGAACCCGGAGCUGGUGGUGGAGGUGAAGCCGAGCCUGCGCCAGCGCAAGCUGCAGGAGGAGAAGCUGCGCCGCCAGCAGAUGCGCGAGGAGAUGUGGCGCCGCCGCGAGGAGACGGCCAUGGACGACGAGGAGCGCAUGUACUGGGAGGAGCGGCGCCGCUACGAGGAGGAGAUCGAGUACUUCGAGUGGUUCCGGCGCGCCGGUGGCCGGGGCGUGCCGCCCUUCUGCCCGAUGGGUCCGAUGGGACCGCGCUUCGGACCGCUGCCGCCCAUGCUGCGGCGGCCGGACUCGGCAGACGACCGCCACGUGAUGGCCAAACACUCCGAGAUCUACCCCAAGGACGAGGAGCUGAACGCCAUCCAGAAGAUCGUCUCCAACUCCGAGAAGGCGCUGAAGAUGGUCUCCGAUGACAUUGCCGAGGCUGACGCUCCCAAAACCAAAGAAGACGGCACCGCCGCCGAAACCAAAGACGAGGACGGGAAGGAGCUGCCGCGCACGCUGAAAGGUGUGAUGCGCGUGGGCGUGCUGGCCAAGGGCCUGCUGCUGCAGGGCGACUCUGAUGUUCAGCUGGUGGUGCUCUGCGCGGAGAAGCCUACACGGCUGCUGCUGGAGCGUGUCGCCAACCUCAUGCCCAAACACCUUGCUACGGUGACGCCGGACGAGAAGUACGUGCUGAAGCUGAGCGUGGAGAACGCCUCGCUCAUCAUCACCAACCAGACGGAGCCGCGUAUCAACGUGACGGUGACGCUGACGUCGCCGCUGAUGCGCGACGGCGCCGGCGACGGUGAGCCGGCUCCCUCCAAGGAUCCGCCAGACGUCUUGGACAAGCAGAAAUGUCUCGAGGCUCUAGCGGCCCUGAGACAUGCUAAAUGGUUCCAGGCUAGAGCCAGCGGCGUGCAGAGCUGUGUGAUCGUCAUCCGCAUCAUGCGCGAGCUGUGUCAGCGCGUGCCCACCUGGACACCGCUCAACACAUGGGCGCUGGAGCUGAUCGUGGAGCGGGUGGUAGCCUCGGCCGGCUUCCCGCUGGCGCCGGGCGACGCGCUGCGCCGCGUGCUCGAGGCGAUCGCGUCCGGCCUGCUGCUGCCCGGCACGCCGGGCCUGGUGGACCCGUGCGAGAAGGAGCCGGUCGACACGCUCUCCGGCCUGUCGGCGCAGGAGCGCGAGGACAUCACGGCCUCGGCGCAGCACGCGCUCCGGCUCAUGGCCUUCCGCCAGGUGCACAAGAUCCUCGGCAUGGACCCGCUGCCGCCGCCCAAGUUCAACCGCGGCAAGUUCAACCGCAAGCGGCGGCGCGACAACAGCUCGGGCGAGAACGGCGACUCGGAGGGAGGUGACGGUAAGAAGGACAAGAAAGAAGACGACGCCGAAGCCAAGGCUGAAGCAAAGUGAUUGUGUCAGGAAGCGGUUGUCAACCGCAUCGUGUUUGACAUGUGACUCCCUUGACUGUUCAUCGUGAACAUAACUAAACGCUGCAAUCUUUAUUAUUUGUGUGAUGAUCCGUCUUCUGAGGUUCACUUGAGCUGUGUAUGAUGAAAAUAUUGCUGUGAAGUAGCACCAGUGCAUGUUGUACUUGUUAUGUCUGUGUUAUAUAUAUGCCGCAGCUGCUGUCAACAGUGUCGGACACCUGUGGCGGCAGACUCGUGAUUUGUCGUGGAAAGUGGCAUAAGCACUCAUUUACGUUGUAGCAUCUCUUCCCGUGUAUGGUACAGAAACGAGCAAAAUACAAGUGCACCUAUGGCGAU